GAGGUCGGGGACGCCUUCGCUGCGCUUUGGCACGACGUGUUCAGGGUCAACAGCGUUUACUGUUGCAGGCGUUGCGGGUCUCACUGCGCUGCGGGAGAUGUCCGCACAGUGCGGAAGCUUAGCUUGAGGUGCGAUGGGCUCUCGCCCUACGAGCCCACGCGCCGCAACCAGCAAGAUUCGAUCAGGCGCGUCGAGAGGCCACGCGGCGCGUUGAUCGACCAUGCCGUGAUUCGCUGCCGUUCCGUGGUCGGCUGGUGGAAGGGCGUCUUCUUCGGUGGCGACGCCUCCUUCGUCGGCGGCAAGUUGCCCUGCGUCCACGGCCUUGAGGGCGAUUUCUUCCUGUUGCUCUCCAUCUAUUUUGCCUCCUGCUCUUACGGCACCGUGCCGUGA